AUCGCUUCACAGCAUGACCCCGACCGUCUCUCAUUAGAGUCGGCCGCCUACUCUUUCAGAUCUGAUCAGGAUUCGGGCUAUGUUUUGUCAAUCUAUCAGAAAAAUGGGCAGUGGCGACGGUUCAUGUCCAACGGCCUUGCACCGCCACAUAGUGCCCAGUUCGACAGGGCUCUCAAUCAUUCCACAGCUCUUGAAAUGCAUCGUAGGUCAAGACCAGCCUUCGCCACUCCAUCUUUUUGCUGCGCUGUGACUGACCAGACUCUAGUUCAUGAAGGCGGUCUUCUGCCCCGCCGUAAUUCACCAGCCCAAUCAGACUCCCCUAAAUUUGAUGAUGCAAACGUAGUGAUAGUGCAGCCCAGUCGAAAGCGUGCAAGGAUAGUUGACGACACAGACGAUGGAUACAUCAAAGUCGACGAAGAUGCCUCCGAUAAUGAUGAUGACGAGGAUAGCACUUCUUCUCCGCCAUCUUGUCUCAACAAUCUCCCCGACCCUCUCGUACCCAUCUCAUCCAUCUCCUUUGCCGACCGAGAUGCUGUCAACAAAUUUCUCCGCAAGAGAAUUCAUGACCUCCAACAACUGGCCCUGAAGGCCGUUCUGAAACAAUGGAUCAAAUCUGUUGAACCGAGAAAGCAGUCCAAGUAUCCCUAUGUUGCUGGGAAGUACCCUCCGUGGUGGCCUAGCAACAUAAGAUUCAAGGAGCCAGACCAUCUCCAUCUCCAUGGUAUUUACGCCCGUCUCCACUAUCCAACACCUGUACUAACACCUCUUGAGACCGCGUUGAACUGUCACUUGUCAUUCUUGGCAUCUAUGAAAAUGACCGAUUAGUCGAAGAUUUGGACAGGUCAGCCCAAGAGCAUGCCAGAAGAGGCACAGCCCGGAGCGGAUGGGUCGACAUGCUCAGAAACUCCACAAGAGACUUGCCUUUGGUAUUCGAUUCUGAGAGGGAAUCUCAAGAAAGGAAA